AAUGAAAGUUUGCUUUGAAGAUUAUAGGAAAAUUUUAGAGAAACUUGAACCGAAAACUCCUAUUGGGGAAUUGGACGAAGAGAAAAAAGGAGUUUUAGAAAUAACUGAAUUGAUAAAGCAUAUUUUAACAACAGGCAAUAAAUUAGUGCCUCAAUAUGUAAUUGCAGAAGAAAUGAACAAAAUUGCUAAUUCAUUAGAAAUGACUAAGAAGAAAAAGUUUGCUUUUCCACUUAGAGAUAAAAGGUUUCCUGCAUGGUUUGUACCAGAUUCCACAAAACCAUAUUAUAAGAGAGAGAAUCCUGUAAAGCUUAAGCAGAUUGAUGAAAAACAUAGUAAAACUUAUGAAAGAUUUCUAUAUAUUUUUAACGAUAUUUUAUUGAUUACGUCUAAAAUACGAACUCUAAAUGGUGAAAAGUAUCGUAUUAAACAUCAAAUUCGCUUUUACGACCUUAAUAAGAUAACCGAAAUUAAUUCGGAUGAGAAAGUUCCAUAUACAACAUUCUUAAUGGUUUCAACAAAUCAUUCAUUCAUCUUUACAACAGAGAAUAAAGAAUUUCUAAAUGAUUUAAAUAGAGUAAUCAACGAUUAUAAAAGACAAUCUAAAGAUAGUAUCGAUAUGCUAAGAAUCUAUUGCGAAAAUCAUCACGUAAAUUCAAUGAAAAGUGGUAAAAUAUUUAAAUGUUCGUCAAGACGAAAGCAGAAUACUGCAAACAACAGUUUGAGUGCAGACGACGAGGAAAAUAUUCAAAUGGUUGAUAUUAGUAAGGAUGGUAGAAAGUGGAAUAAGCGAAAAUAUUUAUCAUUAAUUAUUGAGAAUAAUAACCAAGGUUUAUUAAAUUUCUACCAUCAGAGAGAGAACUCGAAAGAAUUCUUCAAUCAAUCCCUAUCCGAUUGGAUUAUUGAGGAGAGCUGUUAUUCGGAUUCAAUCCUUAUUUUACUGCCUAAGAGGAACUCUUUCGGAAAUAAACUUACCCUAUACAUUCGCUUUGGAAAUGUAGAUGCUUGUCAAAAAUGGCUCUACAAUAUAAAUAAAUACGCAUCAAACGAUACAGAAGAAACCGGUAAUAAUAAAUCAACGGUAAGAAAGCCCGAAGUUAGAAAAAGCAUCUUAAGUAAGUUAUUCUCAAGAACACGAGCCCUGAGUAAUUCUUGGUAG